UGACCUGAACUCCCAUUUCUAUUCGAAAUCCGCGCUUUUGCUUUCCCUUUCCUUUUGCUUCUUCCGUUGCUCGUCUCACCCGCAACAUGGCUGGCCACGUCGCGAGCCUCGUAGCAGCUGCCCUCGCGGUUGGGACCGCAUGCGCAUCCACGCUGACGCCGCCCACGCUCCCGCUCACAGUCCGGAACCCGUAUUUCAGCACGUGGCUGGGGAAUGCGAGGGAUGUACCAUGGAAUAAAUGGCCGAUGUUCUAUACGGGCCAAGAGAUUGGCUUCUCCGUGCUCGCGUCGGUGCCGUCGAGCAACUUGGCCUAUCCGUUGCUUGGAAGGCCGCAAGAUUCGCUAGAGGCUAGACCGGAUGCUGGGUACAAUGUCUCUUUCCCGAACUAUCGAGGGGCGUCAUACGAUGCGUCCACCACGAACCUCACGUAUGAAAUCCCUUCGCCGUCCCACUCCAACACCUCCGAACCGGUCGAGAUCGUGCUUUCCUUCCUCUCGCCCAUCACGCCCACCUCGACCGUCCGGCAAUCCAUUCCCGCAACAUAUCUCAGCAUAUAUGCAUCCGGUUCGUUCGAUGUGGUCCUAUCUGUCGAUCUCAACGGGCUAUGGGUCAGCGGUGAUACAUCAAGCGAGAUAGAAUGGCAGCUGGAGCAUUUCGAACUGGAUUCGAACCGCUCGCUGAAGACGUGGAUGGUGAAGAGGAGGUCGGAAGCGUUGUUUACAGAGCAUUGGGACCGCGGGGAGUGGGGCACACUUGCUUUCUCAGCGCCUUCGGAUGUUCAUUACGAAUCUGGUAACGCGGCGAAGAUCCGCCAGCGUUUCUCCCGCACCGGAGUGCUACAAAAUGAGAACGACAGCAACUUCCGGAGCAUUAUGGAUGACGAGCCUGUCUUUGCUUUUAGCAAGACUUUCAACCUAGGAAGUUCCGUUCAUGAUACAUCCUCCAAGUCGAGCGAGUCAACCUUGUUUACGAUCGCCCACAUACAGGACCCUGUCGUCCAGUACGCAUCCUCACGGGGCUUGACCAACAUGCGUCCUUUGUGGAAAUCAUACUUCCUUACCGAUGAGGCUAUGAUUACGUAUCACUACAAAGACUUCGAAAAAGCGAAGAAGCUGGCAGCGGACUACUCCGAUCGAUUGGCCGAGGACGCAUUUAAGUCGGGAUCUCACAACUAUCGUGAUAUCGUGGCGCUAUCCGCCCGUCAGGUACUGGGCGCAACGAGCUUCUCCGGAACCCCCGACAAUCCCCUCAUUUUCCUGAAAGAGAUCUCCUCCAACGGGAACUGCCAGACUGUCGACGUCAUUUUCCCCAGCUUUCCAUUCUUCUUAUACACCAACCCGCGAUGGCUGGCGUACCUGCUAGAGCCACUCCUCGAGCAUCAGCUGAGCGGACAAUAUCCGAAUCGUUAUUCGAUGCACGACUUGGGUGCCCACUUUCCCAACGAGACGGGCCAUCCGGAUGGGAGAGACGAAUACAUGCCCGUGGAAGAGUGUGGCGAUAUGCUUAUUAUGGGCCUUUCUCUUGUCCACAGCCUACAGCGCGGAGACGGGAGCGUAUCGGAUGGCCUGGCGGCGAAGCCACUUUGUGCACCUGCAAAGGCCACGAGCGUUGUGGUUCGAGAUCGGGAUGAGAGCUACUUCCCGUUAUCGGUUCCUGCAAGCUUGUCUCAUUGCGAGCAUGAUCCGUAUAUUGACUACAAUGACGGCGUUUGGAGAGGCACGCCGGGAGGCAAGAAGCUUGCGAAGCAGUGGGUCGAUCGCACCUACAUAUUGUGGAAACAAUGGACGAAGUACCUCGUGGAUUUCAGCCUCGAGCCAGAGAACCAGCUCAGUACCGAUGACUUCGCAGGAUGGUUGGCAAACCAGACCAAUCUCGCCUUGAAAGGUAUUGUUGGAAUCAAAGCCAUGAGCGAGCUCGCAGGUGUCAUGGAAUACCACACCGAGCAGGCGCAGUACGCAAACAUCUCCGAGACAUACAUUAAGAAAUGGGAGGAGUACGGAAUGUCAAGAGAUGGCGGUCAUGCAAAGCUUGCUUACCAUUGGUAUGGAAGCUGGACAACGCUGUACAGCUUGUUUGCCGAUUCAAUCCUCUGUUUCCAUUCAACAAAGAUGGAUGCAAACCCCCCUGGCACUUCAUCCAAGAUCCCUCAUCAUCCAGGACUCGAGGUCGAUGUGCCCACAGCUCACUCAGGCCAACAACCACUAACAGGCCACCGAAAACCUAGCAAAUCCGGUCCGUCCUGGCGACGGACCAUUUCGUCAUAUAUAUUCCGCACCACUUCAUCGUCAAACAAGAAUGCGAAGCCGACCCAAUCCUCCCCUAAAGACUUCAUCCCCCAUCACAUCUACACCGCCCAAUCCCACUUCUACUCCCUCGUCAUGCAGCGCUACGGCCUCCCACUGGACUCGCGGCACCUGUACACCAAGUCCGACUGGGCGUUCGAGGUCGGCUCUGUUGCAUCACCCGCCGUGCGCAAGGAGAUCAUAGACCGACAUGCAGUGUGGCUGAACGAAACGCGGACCGAUAAGCCGAUGACGGAUCUGUAUGACACGGAGACCAGCGAGUUCCCGGGAGUUACUUUCUAUGCUAGGCCAGUUGUGGGGGCGCACUUUGCGAUGCUGGCCAUGGAGCGGAGUUGUUGGAAUUGAUUGCAUGGUGUUGCAUUUGCGGUUUGAUGGGCCAUCAGCUAGAGCGCAUCGCAUCAUCAACAUGGAGGAUUGGUACGUCCAUGUAUUCAUACAGGAGGGUUUUCACACGCCCAGUCAUGAUUCGAAGGAUGAUAAAUAGCAUUCCUCAUUGCUAUGCAUACGAUCAUCAAUCGAUCUUUCUCAUCUUUUUUGAUGCACGUCCAGUCACCUGUCUGAAAGAGAUGACCCUUGCCCAGUGCAGUGAUAGAUAGGUUCUCAGUACUUCUUGCCUAUACGGCCAGGUGGCCGAACAAAGUGCUGGGUCGGAAG